AUGGCGCGCCGUGAGUCUCUAUCAGAGAUUCGCGCCGCCAACCCCGAUUUAGGCCUCAGCGGCAACAUUAUUUCUGUCGCAUUCAACAUCCCCUACUCCUUUACCUAUCGCAAAGGGAGCGAUUGGAACCUGACACCUCGCCGAGGUCAAUCUGCUCUCUUCGACUCUUUCGCCUACCUGUCCUCCGAUGCAACACCGUGGAACCAUACUCUUGUGGCCUGGACAGGCGAGAUAGACUCUCCGCAAGAGUCAUCCAUCCCACCCACCGAGCCCGCCGCCCAAACCACAAACACCAGCACUCUCUCGUCUAACCAAACUACGGUGGGCAUUUCAUCUUUGAAUGCCCUGUCCGCACCCGUACCUGUUGACGGGAACACUCGGCUUCCUACACCGCCUCCCUUUGACGGCCUAUGGCUGCCAAAAGAGGACCAAACCAAGUUGGAGUAUGCGCUUUCUCACAGCAAAACCAUCCGUACGGUCCCGGUAUGGCUCUCGGACGAGGCGGACGAUACAGAGGAUGGUAUCCUGCUCAAGGACCAGUCAAGAUGGCGGCGAUACGCCCAUCAUGACCUCUACACCCUUUUCCACUACAAACAACACGAGCCUACCGACGGUCGCAAGGAGCGCAUCCAAUGGGCCGACUACUACCGAAUGAACCAAAAGUUUGCAAACAAGAUAAUUGAAAUCUACAAGCCUGGAGACAUUGUCAUUGUCCACGACUUUUACCUCAUGCUCCUCCCCAGCAUGCUGCGCCAACGGAAUCCAAACAUGUACAUAUCCUUCUUCCUGCACUCUCCGUUCCCUAGUAGCGAGUUCCUACGGUGCCUCCCGCGGCGAAAGGAGGUGCUAGAAGGAGUUCUCGGAGCGAAUUUGGUUGGCUUUCAAUCGUACAGCUACUCGCGGCACUUCUUGAGCUGUUGUACUCGGAUUCUUGGCUUUCCUUCCGAUACCCUCGGUAUCGAUGCUUACGGGACCAGGGUCCAAGUAGGUGUCUUUCCCAUUGGCAUCGAUGCGGGCAAGGUGGAGAUGCAUGCGUGGGCAGAUUCCGUCAAUCAGAAAUACGACGCGCUGAAGACGAUGUACGCCGGGAAAAAGAUCAUUGUUGGACGUGAUAGGCUCGACAGUGUCCGUGGUGUGGCACAGAAACUUCAAGCAUUCGAAAGAUUUCUCGAAAUGUACCCCGAAUGGAGAGAAAAAGUGGUCUUGAUUCAGGUUACUUCACCUACGAGCCUGGAGGCUGAAAGGGAUGAAGACGAGAGCAAGAUAGCUACGCGCGUGAAUGAACUUGUCAUGAAGAUCAAUGGAGAGUUUGGUAGCUUGGGGUUCUCGCCGGUGCAACAUUAUCCGCAAUAUCUGAGCCAAGACGAAUAUUUUGCUCUUCUUAGAGCUGGAGACAUUGGCCUAAUCACUUCUGUUCGAGAUGGCAUGAACACCACCAGCUUGGAGUAUAUUAUUUGCCAAAGACAAGGCAAUGGGCCCCUUAUUCUCUCAGAGUUUAGUGGGACGGCCGGAAGUCUUGGUGAUGCAAUUCACAUCAAUCCUUGGGAUUUGACUGGCGUUGCGGAGAAGAUCAAUAGCGCACUUACCAUGUCUGAUGGCGAGCGGAUCCGAAUGCAAACUCGUCUGUACAAGCACGUUACAACAUACAAUGUUCAAGCGUGGAUCAGCAAGUUUAUUCGCAAAGUAUACAACGUGCUCGGCGAAUGCAACACAGCCAAUGCCACACCUCUGCUUGACCGUGCUGUGCUGUUAUCCAAGUACAAAUCGGCCGGCAAGAGAUUAUUCAUGUUUGACUAUGAUGGCACGUUGACGCCCAUCGUUCGUGAACCUAGCGCCGCGAUCCCUUCUGAGCGCAUUACACAAUCUCUGAAACGUCUUGCCGACGACCCGAAAAACGCGGUGUGGAUUAUUUCUGGCCGGGACCAGGAGUUCCUCAAGCAGCACUUGGGCCACAUUUCCCGACUAGGAUUUUCGGCCGAGCACGGCAGUUUCAUGAGAGACCCCGGGUCUGAGGAGUGGAUCAACCUCGCAGAGACGUUUGAUAUGGGGUGGCAGGCCGAGGUUAUGGAAGUGUUCCAGAAAUAUACGGACAGAGUUCCUGGCUCCUUCAUCGAACGAAAGCGAUGCGCACUUACAUGGCACUACAGGCUUGCGGACCCGGAACAAGGUGUUCACAUGGCACGAGAGUGUCACAAGGAGCUCGAAAGGACUGUGAGCACAAAAUGGGACGUUGAGGUGAUGCCUGGAAAGGCAAAUGUAGAAGUUCGACCCACCUUCAUCAACAAGGGCGAGAUUGCCAAGCGACUUAUUUCCACUUACCACAAUCCGGAUGGUGCUCCGACAAAGCUCAACCCCAGCCCGGGACGCGUCGAGUUUGCACUCUGCAUGGGCGACGACUUUACGGACGAGGACAUGUUCCGCAGCUUGAAUGGAGCUACUGGCGAAGUCUUACACCCGGACCACGUCUUUACUGUGACGGUUGGAGCCAGCACCAAGGUGACGCUGGCGAAGUGGCAUUUGCUUGAGCCUGAGGAUGUUAUUGAGUGCGUGGCACUCCUUGCGGGUGUUGGUGACCCGUCCAGCUUGAAGCAGAUGGGCGAGGUGAACCUGGCUGCGUUGAGUACUGUAGCGGGCCAGAUUCCCCCAUCCGAGAUAGCGGACUUGUAG